AUGGCCCGUUUCCGCUGCCCUACUGACUCUGCUGAUGAUCUUGCGAAUGAUCGCAUCCCCCAGCGUUUGGCUAGUAUGACAAUCACCACAGAUAAGAACCACAAUGCUGCCGGUCCUUCGAAAAGACAUGCACGGCGAGACAAAAAUAAAUUGAAGACACCGGCUGGAAUGAGUCUUAAAGAGAAGGGGAAUCUCAAGAAAGCAUUUAAGAAAAACGCAAAUGGUCCGAAGACAACCGUUCCAAAGGUCAACAUCAACAAUAUGAGGUCAGAUUGGUCAUUUGUUUUUGUUGGAAAUCUUAACAGGAAUAUCGACGAGAAAAUUUUGUUCCAGGCUUUCAUGCGGUUUGGGCAUGUCACUCGAGUUCAGAUCCGAACCAGUUCGGGCACCCCAUUCGCGGGUGCUGGUCCAGUUGCUGCCAAUAGUAACGACAGACAGUAUGCGUCAGUCGAGUUCUCGGAUGCCUCUGCUGCUAGGCGGGCUCUCAAGAUGAACGGGCACAGGCUGUUUGGAAUUAAGCUAGCGGUCUGUCUAAGUGCCGCUGAUCUGCCCGAGACCCAAGAGAUUGUCAAUGCGCAUAUGGCGAAGAAGGUUCCCGCUCCCAAAAUGGACGUACAAGCUGCCUUUAAUGCUAUUAAGCGUGUCACUAUCGACCGGACUCAGUAUAUUAAUGCCGAGGCCGGUCCAUCUCGAGCAGGCCCCUCCACCCAACAUCAAGAUGUGACCGCCCCUGCGCGGCCCAGGGGGCUGCAGCCUCUCGCUCGAACGCAUGCGUUCGCCGCGAUGUCUUUCCCGAAGACCGUAAUGUAG